GGUCGAAUUAGUAUGAGGUCGUUAACGGGACAAGGGCUGACGGAGUAAACAGCUGGAGGGGGGUGCGGUUACAGUAGUUACAUAGUUACAAACAGAGUUGUUGUCAAAACACCGCAAGAUCCCAAUAUGAUUAAUAUGUGAUCAGAACCAGUCAUUUAGAGAUAGAAGCUGAACCAGAUGAACGUGGCCAUGGAAGAGGAGAACCAAAACGCGAACAGCAGCAGCUCCUCCUCCACCCCUGAUGUUUUACCUCCAGAAAACCACGAGGAUGCCCCGACCCACCACAGCCCUCGCCCCGGCACUGUCAUCCCCAAUCGGAUUUUUGUUGGGGGAAUUGAUUACAAGGUUAAUGAGAGCGACCUGCGACGUGUCUUCUCUCAACACGGUGCAGUGAAAGAGGUAAAGAUUGUGAUUGAUCGUUCAGGAAUGUCAAAGGGAUAUGGGUUUGUUACAUUUGAGACCCAGGAUGAUGCACUGAAAAUUCUUCAUGAUGGGAAUGGAAUCUGUUUCAAAGACAAGAAGCUCAGCAUUGGUCAGGCUGUCCGCAAGCAGCAGGCUUCGGGACAAACUAAGAGUGCCCAUGUGACUAGCCCUGACUCUGCCAUGGCUGUGCCGAUGUCCUGUGGGACCCCGUACCAGACCACGUCCACAGGCAACUGGUGCAACUACGGAGUGGCCUAUUUCCACUGCCCCCCUGUGAACCACCCCCUGCACCAUUGGCCUCGGCCCGCUCCUCCAGCGAUGCUUCCUCAGUCCCAUCAGCCUGUGUACCGGCAGCCAGCCUAUCACCACUACCAGUGUGUCCCAAACCAGUAUCAGUGGAAUAUCGUCCAGCCUCCGAUGCCCUCCAGUCCUUUCAUGUACUCCCAGCUGUCCGAGUAUCUGUACCAGCCCGCUGAUGUCCAGCCUCCUCUGCCCGUCACAGAGGACACGACUCAAGAGUUUAUAGAGCCCACAAUGCAGCAGCUUUACCCACUGCAUCCUCAGAGAACCGAAGGAAUGACACCCGUUGUUCUGCAACAUGGUCAUGGAAAGAAUCAAAUGUUUCCAUGCUCGCAUGUCCGUCUGAAGCCAAAGUAUCGCCAGCGCGUCAACUGGAAGGACCAACACUACCCGCCAGAAGCAGCAGAGCCGGCAGACGACUCAAUGUCUCACCCGUCCCGACCUCUCAUGUAGACUAAAGCCACAGGAGGCUACUCAAGGGAUCUGCAUUACGGCCUCCUUGUCAGUUUGAUUUUCUCCAUCGAUUUAACACACACAUAAUCUAUUAACUGUUUUAACCUUACAACAGUGUUUUUCAUGACACAUUUUGUCUGUUGUACUUGUUCCCGCCCAACUUUCACCUGGCAGGACUCACUCAGCUUGCAGCAUUCAGAUCCGUUCCUGUUUUGAUGCCUGUGUUAUUCACAAUGGUUUUACUUAAUUUCUUAGUUGAUACACAAGCUUUAUGGUGAGUUUUUCAGCAAAUCAAAUAUUUACUGUAUUGUUGGUGAGCAUAACUUGGUAACAGGUAAACAAUACAUCUUUGAGUUUCAUGGAUUCAGAUUUACGUGUUUAUAUUAUUGGAGCACACAUGUCUUAAAUUAAUAAGAUUCAAUACAAAUGAGCUGUGACGCGUUCGUUAGUCUCGUUAUGAUUUGGGGAUCUUCUUGCUUUUCUCAGACGAACAACAGAUAAGUUAGAAAAAAAAUGAAAUUUAAAUUUUGUCACCAAAAUGCCAAUGCCAGUGUUGUUUGUGUUUGUUAUGAUCAGUUAUGGUUAUGUUGUGGAGUUCGAACAAGGUACAAGGCACAAUUUUUGCACAUUUUUACUUGUCUUUGCAAAACUACUCAAUUCUAUUUGUUUAAUUACACAAAUUCAUAUUUUUACAUUUUUAAUAAUUUGUGCUAAACAUUUGGGCAAAAAAAACCCCCUAGAAGUCUUGAAAUUAAUUUUUGCGCUUUUAUGUUGCUGCUAUGGUCUAAUUGCAGUUUUAACUUUUUGUAUUUUGUCUUAUGGCAGGCGAGGCGAUUCUGCUAUUGAGAUUAAAUGGCAAAUUGUACAACAAAAAAAAGAUUCUAAUCCAAACUGCUUUUUAUUAUUUGUUUAGGUGUUGUUAAAGAGAAAUGUGCAGUAGUUGUUUAACUCUUAACUAUAAUACUGCAUAAGAAAUGUUUUGUUUUAACAUCUAAUACAGUGUCCUUCCAGUUUUUGAAAAGUUCUUGGAAAUAAAUGUUUCCUUUGA